AUGAAAAUUUCAAAGGAAAGAAUUGAAUAUGAUUUUAGUGAAUAUAAAGAUAAUUGUAAAUCAUAUCCACGACGUAAUAAUCGAGCAAAAUUAAAUUAUCUUGAUCUUGAACGAGGAAUGUAUGACGAAAUUCGUCAAGCAAUAUGGGCUCUUAAUAAUCCAACAUUCAUUAAUAAGAAUAAUAAUAAAAAUGAAAAAAAUAUUAAACAAUAUUGUAAUGAUGAUGAUGAUGAUAUAAUCACAUUAUCUGGUGAUGAAGAUGAAAAAACAAAUGAUGAUAAUGAUCAAUUUCAUCGUCGUCUUUGGUGUAUAUGUAACAAACCAUGGGAUCAUUCAAGACUAAUGUUACGAUGUGAUUCAUGUUCUAAUUGGUAUCAUGGAGAUUGUAUUGGAGUUACUAAAGAAGACGUGAGAAUACUUGAUAUAAAUGGUACUCAAUUUAUUUGUCCACCAUGUCAAGGAGUAAAUGAAUUAGAUACUGAUAUAAAGUCAACACGAUCAUCUGAUGAUCCAAUUUCAAUAAAACGAAAACGUUCUAAUGAUAGAUUACCAACAAAUAAUCGUGGUGUUAGAGAAAAUAAAAUUUUAUCAAAAAGUAUUUCACAUGGUGAAUCAAGAAAACGAUCAAAAACGGACAUCUCUUCUAGAUGUAAUUCGUUAACAGAAUCAAAAGUUGAUUGUAUUGUUCAAGGUUGUAAGAAUUCAACAAAAUUAGGUUGGGUUUAUUGUUCAUCUGCAUGCAUUCGUCGUCAUAUCAAUGAUACACUUCAAGCUAUUCAACGAAGCAAAGGAAAAAAUAAUGAAGAAAUUCCUACCCAUGAAGACAUUUUAUUAUAUGACAGUAAAAGUAAAAAAAUUCUGGAAAAAAAUCUAGUUCCCAAAAUAGAAGAUUUAUGCACUUGGAUUAAUCAACAUCCGUCUUAUGAAAUUAUGAAAUCUUCUGUACGACAAACAAUGUUAUUAAGAGAUAAUCAAUCUACAAGUUCAUCAAGAUCAUUAUCAUCUACUAAUAAUGCAACUAAAUCUAAAUUUUCAUUGAAACCAAUUAAAACUAAUCAACAAACGACUACAAAAUCAAUUCUAAAUAAAAAGACUUCAAUACCAGUUACAAAACCAAUAAAUAAUAGAAUAUCUAAUAUUAAUAAUACUGCUGAUAUACGAUCAAAAGUUCCAACAGCUUUAUAUGACAAAAUUCUAAUGCGAUUAGAAAAAAAUGGUGAAAAAAAUAUUAUAAAAGAAGAUAUACGAUUAAUAGUUAAUAAAAUCGAAGAAGAAAUGUUUCAUGUCUAUGGUAAAAUUGAUAAUCCAUAUAAAAACAAAUUUCGUUCGCUAAUUGCUAAUAUUAGUAAUAUGAACAAUAAUUAUUUUUAUAAACAAAUUCUUUCAAAAGAUUUAACAGCUAAACAGAUUGUUGCAAUGAAAUCUGAAGAUAUGUUACCACCAGAAGAAAAAGAAAAGCGUAAAGAUCAAUUUGAAAAAGAAGUUCAAAGGAUUAUUAAUGCUGAACAACAAACAGCUGAAGAAAUGGCAAGACGGGCAAGAAUAAAAGUUACUCGGCAAGGUCUUAUUCAUAAUGAUGUACAUUUACCAUUGUCAACAUUAAAAGAAGAAAGUUCAUCGAAGGAAAAAGUUGAUAAAAGCAAAGAUGAUCAAUCUAUUAAUGUUGGUAAAGAAAGUAUUGCGAUUCAAUCAACAAAAACAACAACUAAAUCUAUUGAUGAAACUUUACAACCAAUCAUUUCGAUUACUGAUAAAAAAUCAAUUACAAAACUUGGAUCGAAUAAUCAAACAUCAUCAUCGAUUCUUUCUGAAAAUCUUUCUUGUAUAUCCUCAACCAAGAAUAUAAAAUCUAAUGAACCUUCAAAAUUUGAUCCGCAACUUGCAAUUCCUGAACAAUCAAAUCCUAUUUUCUCGACAGUUGAUUGUGAUAAUGACUAUAUUGAACCAGAAAGUCCAACAGGUAUUGAUGCAUUAAUUUACGAUGAUGAUGAUGCUGACGAUGAUGAUAAUGAUUUAAAUAAUGUUAAUAAUUCUUCUUGUUCAUCUAUUAUUCAUUCAUCUAAUAAUAAUACUGAAUAUAUUUUGCCCUAUCAACCAAUUAUUCGUGAUGAUUAUAAUCCAUCAAAAAUCCAAAAUGAAAAACCACCGAUAGAUCAACAAACAUCAAUGACACGUUUACCGAAUCAAUGGCGUGGAACAAUUCAUCCGUCUGAUAUAAAAAUUCCAUGUGAAUCCGUUCAUGUUUAUGGUGAAAGUGAUUAUUUAAUAGAAAAUAUUCCUGAACAACUUAUCAUACUUGGACGCCUUCGAUUAGGAGAUCUUUGGGAUUAUAUUCGUGAUUCACUUACGGUUCGUGAUGUACUUGUAUUAACACUUGUCUCAUCAUCAACAAAUACUAUUGAUAAUGAAUUAUUUUCAAAAUAUGUUGAUACAUUAGAUGCAUCAGGACGAGCUGCUGUCAUUAGUAAAUGUGUUAGUUCAUCAUUAAUUCGUGAUAUGUAUAUUUUAGCAGCUGAUACAAAACAUUGUCCAUCGAAUGUUUUAUCAUCACUUUUUUUACCUAUAACAUUUGAAUCAAAACAAUUAUUUCUUGUUAUUAUUGGAACAGGAAAACGAACAAUGAAAUUAAUUAAUCGUUCAAAUGAAAAUGCAUCAUUGAAUAAUUUAAUAUAUAAUCCAAUUGCAUUACAAGAUUCAACUGUCACACGAGAUCCUCGAUUACUCAAAACAAAAGAUCCACGAUUAAAUAGAAAUAAUAGAGCAAAUGAAAAUGUUACUCUUUCUACAUCACAACCAUCAAUUAAUACUGAACAACCAUCAAUUCAAUAUUCAAAUGAAGAUUUACAUAAACUAAUAGUUGAUUCACUCGAACGUAUUCGUCAUUCAUUAAAAUCUGAUGAUAUUCGUUCAAUUGUGACGUCUACUAUGGAAAUAUUGAAAGCUAAUAAUCGUGAGGAUUUAUGUACAUAUUUUAAUGAUAAUCUUCGAAUUGCUAUCAAUGAAUGGCAAGCUAGACAAGGAAGUAGUUCAAUAGUAGUUGAUGAUAAUUUAAUAGAAGAAAAUAUGGAUGUUGAUGAUGAUCAAGAUGAUAAACAUAAAAAACAAAUAACAACAAGUAGUACUUUUAAUAUAUCAAGUGAAUUCAAUGAUAUUGAUGAUCGUUUUCUUUAUCAAGAUAUGUGUCAUCAUAUGACGACAACAACAACAGCAGCAGCAGUAGAAGAUGAUGGUGAUCGAAAACAACGACGAAAAUCACGUUUUUCAGAUCGAUUGACAACAGAUGAUAAUCGAACUGUAAAAGUAAAAUCAAAUAUUCAAAUUGAUAAAAGUUUUUCGAAAGAAGAUACAACUAAAAUAGCAUCAUCCAAAUCAGUCGAUAAACAUAUUAAUUCAUCAUUAAAUAGCAAAUUUCGACCAAGUAUUAAUUCAUCUGAAUCAUUUAUACCAUCAACAAAUAUUAAAGAUAAGCUAACUUCAAAAUCUAUACGUUUUUCAUUUUCUAAAGAUUCUCUUCGACGACAGAAGACAAAUAUUUCAUUAACAACAACAUUAACAAAUAAUAAUGAUAUAUAUGAAAGUUCACCGAAAUUUAUUGAAGAUUUAAUUAAACAAAUUCAAUCGUAUGGUUAUCAAGGUUUAUCAUUGUCGAAUGAUAAUUGGACAAAACAAACAUUACCAAUUACUCCAAUACGUUCUGCAGCUAUGUUAAAUCUUGUUAUGCAACAACAACAAAAGACAAACCAUAGAUUUUCAUCGAGUACAAAUGAAUGGAGAUCAAGUAAUAACAAUAAUUAUAUGACACAUUAUUAUGAUUUUGAUCAACCUCAAGAAUAA